AUGCCUGACUAUUCUAUAGAGAGGGACACCCCACCUCCGUCCCAGCCUGGGAUAAACGAUGAAAAGGCCGCCGUCUCUGUCUUAAUUGGCAAAGAUGACAUUAAAGUCCACAAGAGCGAGCAAGGUGGACCCAGUGAAUUUGGUGAACCAGAUAGUAGUGGCAAUGAGGUGGUUAUUAUUACUGGUGCCGAUGCAGCUGCUCACUUGCUACCCUUACGAGAUGAUCACGACUCCGCGCUAUCCUUUCGAAGUAUUGUGCUAGCCACGAUUCUCGCAUGCUUCCAAUCUGUCAUGAAUCAAAUUUAUUCAUUUAAACCUACAUUGAUCACCAUUCAAGGCACCUUCAUCGUCUUAAUCUCUUACUUCCUCGGCCUUGCCUGGGCCAAGUUCCUUCCCCGCGGCGAUAAAUUUGAGGCUAGAUGGAGAGCAAAGGGUGGACAAGGUAAAGCACCCUUGUGGAUCCGGUCUCUUGUAAUCCUGAAUCCAGGGCCAUGGUCUCUCAAGGAACACUCAAUCUGUUCUAUCACUGCAACGUCGGCCUCCAACGCUUCGAUAACAUCAACAGUAUUUGCUGCUCAAAAAUUGUUCUACAAUAUGCCCAUUAGUCCGGCCAUUGUCAUCCUAAGUACCAUCUCCAUCGGUCUCUUUGGCUAUGGUCUUUGCGGUUUGAUGCGUCCAAUUGCAGUCUGGCAUACUGAAGCUGUUUACUGGAGUACCCUUCCUACUGUGAAGGUGCUUCAAGGCCUGCAUUGGCAGGAAGUAAAGAACUCCAAGCCUUUAAGGUACUUUUGGUAUGCCUUCACAGGCAUGUCUUUGUACGAAAUUAUUCCUGCCUAUAUCUGGCCGUGGCUGAAUUCAGUUUCUAUUCCGUGCCUAGCAUCUAUGAAGGCUACAGGAAAUAAGGCUUCCAUUCUUACAAAUGUAUUUGGCGGAGCUACCAACAACGAAGGCAUGGGACUAUUUACAAUCAGUUUCGACUGGCAAUACAUAACUUCGUUCCAAACUUCCCUCCCCUUGAAGCUCCAACUCCACCAAGCUACCGGAUUCUUUGUGUGCUUCAUAUGUAUGGUAGCCAUAUAUUACGGAAAUGGCUGGAAUUCGAGGAACCUUCCGUUUAUGUCGACACAUCUCCUUAUGGAGAAUGGCACAAAAUAUCCUGUUGAUAGUGUCUUCCCAGAUGGACUUCUUGAUAAAGCUGCCUUGGCAGAGUAUGGUACUCCCAAAUUGACAGGUACAUUUGCCUUUGCCAUGCUCAUGGCCAAUGCUGCAAUUGGUGCACUAAUUCUCCAUUGUAUUCUCUUUUGGGGAAAGGAUAUCAUGCGAACGUACAAAAGUGCAAGAAAAGGUAGAUAUGAUGAUCGUCACCAUGAACACAUGGAGAAACACUACAAAGAAGUACCAUGGUGGUGGUAUGGGAUAAUCCUUCUUCUGAGCUUUAUCCUUGGGCUCAUUGUUGUCCUUAAAGAGGACAUUAGUCUUCCAGCCUGGGCUUAUAUUGUUUCCCUAGUCAUUGGAACCAUAAUUGCACCAUUUAGCACUAUACUUUAUGCCCGAUAUGGUAAUGGUAUCGCUACCAACAACCUCUCAAAAAUGCUGGCUGGCCUUAUGCUCCCUGGACGUCCAGUUGGGAACAUGUAUUUUGCUGCUUGGUCCCACAACGUCAUUUCAAACGCAGUCAAUCUAUCCAAUGAUCUCAAGAUGGGUGAAUACCUCAAAAUUCCCCCUAGAGUCAUGUUUCUUACGCAGAUUUGGGGCACUAUGCUUGGCGGAUUCAUCAACUACGCUAUCAUGAUCUCCAUUGUGUCUAAUAAUGCUGCGCUUUUGGCCAACGGCAAUGGAAACUCAUCAUGGAGUGGUGCGACCCUCCAAGCUUUUAAUACCAACGCAGCAUCUUGGGCAUUGGCUCCUCAUAUAUACAAAAGAGGUACACAGUAUGAGAUGGUACCUAUCGGUAUUGCAAUUGGUGCAGGAGCAGUUGUUGUACAUCGCCUAUUUUAUCAAUUCUUCCCUAAAGUCCGCGGGUUUGACGUUUCAGAGAUCAACUUGCCUCAGUUCAUUCAAUAUGCUGGUUACAUUCCGUACAAUCAAAGUCAAACGUGUGUCAUCGCUUCUUGGGUGAUCAUUGGCUUCUAUGUCCAAUACUACCUGCGCAAUUAUCGCCCGCGCAUCUUCAAGGACUACUCAUAUCUGGUCGCUGGCGCCUUUGAUGGUGGUAGUCUUACUAUCAUGUUCAUCCUGUCAUUUGCAGUCUUUGGGGCUGCUGGUGUAUCGCAUUCCUUCCCAACAUGGUGGGGCAACAAUGCAAACGGGAACUAUGAUAUGUGCCCAGUGUCAGAUUAA